CGGGGCUCUAAAUGUGCAUAAAACCAACAGAACAGGUGUGGCGUCAGCAGAAAUGCAAAAGCUGAACCCUUCCCUUCUAAUAUGACCUUGCCAUUCCCAAUGUAACUAAGCCUUAUUUGGCCCAGCGGAUGGUCAGAAUUGCUCGCAAUGUCGGGUCAAACACCUCCGCCAACGUCGCCGAGUCGCCCGACCGCCGCCGACCCUCCGGGGCCAGCGCCGGAGACGGUGGCACGGCGCGCUGACGGUCUGAUGGUCGAUGGCGAUGCAGCUGAACCCGCAAACGGUCAACGUAACGAAUUGCUCGCAAUGUCGGGUCAAACACCUCCGCCAACGUCGCCGAGUCGCCCGACCGCCGCCGACCCUCCGGGGCCAGCGCCGGAGACGGUGGCACGGCGCGCUGACGGUCUGAUGGUCGAUGGCGAUGCAGCUGAACCCGCAAACGGUCAACGUAACGGUCAGUCCGUAGAUCCGACGGUGAACGCCGCGGCCGCGAGACGGGCGCGUGAUCGCGAGCGUCGUCGCCUCGCCCGAGAGCGAGAAACUGAGGCUGAGCGACUUCUUCGCCUGCAACGUAAACGUGAAGGCCAGGCUCUGGCGCGCGCUAGACAAAGAGAUCAGACAGGUGGCGCGGGCCCUUCCCAUCAGGCGGUAGUCGAUGCAGUGCCGGUUCCCGGUCCAUCGGGGGCCCAGCCGCCGGUCAUCCUUGCCGCGGAUAUCGCUGCCGCGCGACGCGAGCGUGACCGGGAGCGUCAUCGACUUAGGAGGGAGCGUGAAUCGGAGGCUGAGCUCGCCGAGCGUCAGCGACGCAAUCGUGAGAGAAUGGCUACGGCUCGCACUAAGGUCAGGACAGGGAGAGACGGCGCAGGUCUUGAGCCACCUGUUGCUGCUGGUGUGGCGGAUCAGCCGAUCGCACCACCGACUGCGUUUGAACCGCCGGUGGUGGGCGGUGUCGCGGACGUCGCGCCCGGCGCGGAGGCAGUGGGCGGCGCUGUAGGAGAGGUGGCAACGCACUCGCCCGAUGGUGCUGUAGAUGCUGUCGAGGCGACAGUAGCCGAUGCGCCAGACGACGCAGCGGCGCGCCGGCCCGCGGCCGAUGCGCCCGACGCGGAGGCAGUGGGCGGCGCUGUAGGAGAGGAGGCGCCCCACACGCCCGAUGGUGCUGUAGACGCUGUCGAGGUGGCAGCGGUCGAUGCGCUAGACGGCGCAGCGGCGCGCCGGCCCGCGGCCGAUGCGCCCGACGCGGAGGCAGUGGGCGGCGCUGUAGGAGAGGAGGCGCCCCACACGCCCGAUGAUGCUGUAGACGCUGUGGAGGUGGCAGCGGUCGAUGCGCUAGACGGCGCAGCGGCGCGCCGGCCCGCGGCCGAUGCGCCCGACGCGGAGGCAGUGGGCGGCGCUGUAGGAGAGGAGGCGCCCCACACGCCCGAUGAUGCUGUAGACGCUGUGGAGGCGGCAGCGGUCGAUGCGCCAGACGGCGCAGCGGCCCGCCAGCCCGCGGCCGAUGCGCACGACGCGGAGGCAGUGGGGGGCGCUGAUGGACAGGCUCCGGUGGACGCGCCCGCCCGUCGUCGAGGCGACCAGCACCUGCUGGCUCGCAAUUAUGUCCCCGCCGAGUUCGAGCCGCCGGCUGGCAUGCAGCUGGGCCGAAUGGACACCGUCUGUGCCCAUUGUGGAGCGCUGCGCUGGCGUGCCGAGCCCGCAGGCGCCUGUUGCCAUCAGGGCAAGGUGCAGCUUGACUUCCAUCCCCCGCCGCCGGACGAGAUGGUGGAGCUGAUGACCCCCGGCACGGCGUUCUAUGACGAGUUUCGGGGCAAAAUUCGCGCUUACAACACGGCCUUCCAGCUGGCCAGUAUGGGGUGCAACGUCGUCCGACACGACGGGGCGUAUCACGCGGCUUUCACCGUUCAGGGUAGCGUGUGUCAUCGUAUGGGAUCUCUACUGCCCGCUCGCGGCGGCGAGGAGCAGUUCAUGCAGGUGUAUUUCCUCGACGCAGACGAGGCCACCGCGCGACGUGCCACCAUGUGUGGCGGCCUCGACAGAGCCGUUCUCGACAUCCUUUUGGGCAUGCUGCACGAGCACAACAACUACGUGCGUGCGCUCCAGCCGGCUCUGCUGAUGGCGCGCGGUGUGCCGAACUGCCGGAUCGUGUUGUCGGCCGAACACCGGCCGCUGUCGGAGCACGAGCGCCGGUUCAAUCUACCGAUCGGUCGCGAAGUGGCGGUCCUGAUGCCCAAUGAGAUGGGGGGCCGGCGCGACAUCGUCGUUCGCGAGCGCGGCGGACAACUGUUCCGCAUCGACGAACUGAGCCGCCAGUACGACCCGCUGCUCUAUGUGCUGCUGCACCCGCGCGGCACGGACGGGUGGUCGCUCGAGCUGAAGGCCGAGCGCGGCGUCACAAUCCGUCAGUAUGGUGCGUUCCACAUGCGCUUCCGACCGGGUCAUUUCAAUCUCAUUCCGCGAGGGGGCCGGCUGUUUCAACAGUACCUGGUGGACACUGAGGCAAAAGCUGAGUCGAGUCGUCUGUCGUAUGUGCGCGCGAACCAGGACGGCUUCAACGGCUUCCGCGCCGAGACCAUCCGCGGCGUGCGAGACGCGCUGGCUGACGGCGAGGAGCACGGCCGAGCCGUCGGACGGCGCGUGGUGCUGCCGGCAUCCGUAACGAGUAGUCCGCGCUUCAUGAUGGCCAAACUACAAGACGCUCUCUGCUACGUUCGAGACUUUGGCGCCGCCGACUUUUUCAUCACCGUGACGUGCAACCCGGCCUGGCCAGAGAUUGAGCAAACUCUGCGCACCCUCUACCCGGGAGAGAGGCCGGGCGACUACGAUCGGCCGUGCGACCACCCUGACGUUGCGCUGCUGAAGCAGCUGCGGGGCGGCAUCCUGGGUCGACAGCGGGCCAUUCUGCACACGAUUGAGUGGCAGAAGCGUGGCCUGCCGCACGCUCACCUUCUGCUGUGGGUCGUGCCCGCCGACAAACCUCGCGCCGAAGACGUGGACACGUGCGUGUGCGCUGAGCUGCCAGAUCCCGAGACCGAUCCGGAACUGCACGCGAUCGUCUGCACCAAGAUGGUGCAUGGUCCGUGCGGCGCGCUGAACCCGCAGGCGGUCUGCAUGAAGGACGGCCGCUGUAGCGUCGGCUAUCCGCGCCCGUAUCUGGAGGCCACAGAGCUGCCAGAGCGCAGCUAUCCCAAGUACAGGCGGCGCGCGCCGGAGGACGGCGGUCAACGUGCGCGGACGCCCGGACGGCGCGGUGUGGAAAUCGACAACCGCUGGAUCGUUCCCUACAAUCCGCACAUCCUUCGCGCGCUGGACUCACACGUCAACGUCGAGCUGAUCACGCACGCGAUGGGAGCGAUCCGCUACUGCAUCAAGUACGUCACCAAGGGCUCGGAUAGGAUCAUGUUCGCCGUGCAGCCCGACGGCGUGGUUGACGAGGUGACCCAGUAUCAGAACAGCCGGUACCUGGAUCCAUGGAGGCAGCGUGGCGGCUGCUCGACCGACCAGUCCACGUCCAUCAUCCGCCGGUCCAGCGGCUGCAGCUGCAUCUCGCCUCACCCCGAGGUGCCGGGCGUGGUUGCCUCUGAGACUCUGUCGCGCGUGUACACCACGACGCCGCGCGCGGGCGAAGUUUUCUUUCUUCGCCUGCUCCUUCACAGCGUCCGAGGUCCGCGCUCUUACGAGCACCUCCGCACGGUCGAUGGCCGCGUGUGUGCCACCAUGCGCGAGGCGUGCUCCGCACUGGGGCUGCUCGAGGACGGAGCGCACUGGGCGCGCGCACUGGAGGAGGCGAGUGUGACGCGCUUUGCAGGUGGUUUGCGUUUCCUCUUCGCUCUGAUUCUGAUCGAGGGAGAGGCUACGUGCGAUCCCAUGGCGCUGUGGAUGAGGUUCGCGGACGCCCUGUCCGAGGACAUCGCUCGCCGUCAGCGCACCGCUCGCGCGGCUGGCAGACGUGGUCUCACCGAGGACGAAGUGCGCCAGCAGGCGCUGCGGAAGAUCGCUGGCAUUCUCCGCCGGCUGCGCGGCAGAUCUCUGGCGGAGUACGGACUGCCGGUGCCGCCGGUGCCGGACGCCGCCGCCGCCGCCGAUGGCGACGACGACGAGCCGCCCGGCGGUCCCGAGUACGACCCGGCCGCUCUGGCCGAUCGCGUUGAGCGCGACGAGCCGCGUCUGACGGAUGACCAGCGCGCCGUCUAUGACGAGGUGCUGCGACGGCUGGACAAUGACGAGUCGGGUGUCAUCUUCCUGCAAGCUCCAGGCGGCUGCGGGAAGACGUUCUUGGAGAACCUGCUGCUGGCCAAGGUGCGCAGCCGGGGACACGUGGCAGUUGCAGUGGCCACAUCCGGCAUCGCAGCCAGCCUGUUGGAGGGCGGCACGACUGCCCAUCAUCGGUUCAAGAUCCCUCUGCAGCUGCAUCCUGACAACGAGAACGUCUGCGGCAUUGAUCGCCGCUCUCCCGAGGCCGACUACCUUCGCCGCUGUCGCCUCAUUGUAUGGGACGAAGCGGCCAUGACGAACCGGCGCGCCACUGAGGCGGUCGACCGGGCUCUCCAAGACGUCCGCGACAGGCAAGAGCUGUUUGGCGGCGUUCUGACGCUGCUCUCUGGCGACUGGAGACAGAUCCUGCCAGUGGUGAAGCGCGGCGGGCGCGCAGAGGUUGUUGACGCCUGCCUCAAGUCAUCGCCCAUGUGGCCUCGGAUCGACACCAUGGAGCUCGCGACCAACAUGCGGGCGUUGAACGGCGACGAUCAGGCCGGUGAGUUCGCCAACUUCCUGCUGCGCGUCGGCGACGGCCGGCUGCCCGUCGUGGCACAGCCGGACUCGGUGCAGGUGCCCGAGUUGGUGGUCAGUCCGGCGCGCAGUCUCGCCGCCUUGGUCGAUCGCAUUUUCCCUGACAUGGCCGGGCGACACCGUGAUGAAGAGUGGCUGCAUGAGCGCGCCAUCCUCUCGCCGCUAAAUGCGACCGUUGACAGGGCGAAUGAGGCCGCGCUGGCCCUUCUGCCCGGCGAAACAGUCACGUACGCUAGCGUCGACACCAUCAGUGACGACGACAACGAGGAUCACGGGCCUCCGGUGCCCACCGAGGUGCUCAACGCGAUCGACGUGUCGGGCAUGCCGUCGCAUCGACUUCAGGUCAAGGUCGGCGCCCCGGUCGUGUUGAUGCGCAACCUCGACGCUCCGCGCGUCGUGAACGGCACGCUGUGCACGGUGCUGCGCGCCGCGCCCAACGUGCUCGAGCUGCGAAUCGCCAGUGGAGUCGCGCGUGGCGAGACGCUGUUUUUGCCGCGCCUCCCUCUGGUG